UGUCUAAUUAGAAACACGUGUCCCACACAGAACCGGCCUGACCAGGUAUCGUCUGUGGGUGGAGACGGGAGCACAUCGAGGAUGGAACCAGCAGACGUCCCCACCUCUCCACUUUUCUUUCGCCUCACUUUUUCCGUUCAAUCCUGAAAGAGGAACUCUAAGGUGACGCUGAUUCUGUGGAGACUCUAUGAAAACAUCAGCGAGGGAUGAUGUGUUUUUGUCGUUUCUCUUGAGGAGAACCCUGCUGCUUUAGCGUUCUUUGCAGGAUUCAAGUUUUACACUUUACGGCUUUCUUUUUUUUUUUUAAUAGUCAAAUAUCUUCUAAGUGUCCGUCGCGCCAUGUCCUUCUGUCAGACUGGAGUGGACAAUGAAGUUAUGGGAUAGCCUGACCACUUGUUUGAUUCUGCUGAGUGCGGUGCGCGCGAGCCCGCUGCGCACGAGCCGGCAGAAGCCUCUGCGCGCGGCGGAGAGCGCUCCGGAGCACGCGCCGGUUCAGAUCCGUCUGUCUGUGAUUUCCCCGGGAUUCUUCAUCACUGAUACAGAAGAAAGAAGCCAAACUCGGAAGAGAGGAGCAAAAGGCACCGUCAUGGAGGAGCCCUAUCCAGACAACUUUGAAGAUCUUAUGGACUUCAUUAAAGUUACAAUCAGUAGAAUACGGCGCUCCUCGUCCUCUGGGAGGUCUCCGUCUACCUCCUCUCCCUCUGCCCCAACAGGAAACACGAGGACUCGACACAGACGGGAAAGAAAGAAGGGGCCAAAGGAUAGGAAAGUUAAAGAAGUAACAGAGGAUGUGGGCAGGAGGAGCAGGGGGAAAGGUGGCAGUGGACAGGGCUGUGUGCUCAAACAGGUCCAACUCAAUGUGACAGACCUUGGUCUGGGCUAUCACUCCAGUGAGGAGAUGAUAUUCAAGUACUGCUCAGGACCCUGCAAAAAGUCCUACACCAACUACGACAAAAUCCUCUUGAACCUCAUCCGCAACAGGAACAUUCCUCUCAAAGACACACCCCUGCAAGCUUGCUGUCGACCAAUAGCGUUUGACGAUGACCUCUCCUUUUUGGAUGACAGCCUCGUUUACCACACUGUGAGGAAGCACUCUGCAAGAAAAUGUGGCUGUGUGUGAGAAGGAGGGAGGCCUUCUCUUCAGCUUGUGUAUGUUUUGAAAUUUUAAGUUUCAUUUCAUUCUUUGGAGAGUCUGCCUGCAAGAGUACGAGUGCUAAAUCUUUUAAAUAUACAGGUGGUUUUAUCAGUUUUGCCCCAAAGCCUAUUAAGCUAAAGCUCAUUUCUUCAGUCUAAAGUGGGGCUUAAAGUUCAGUCUUUAGGGUUUCUGGAGAUCUCACGAAAAUCCCGACGAGAACCAAAAUGAUCUGGUCAAUUCAUUUGGUGUAAAUGUAUUUAUUAACUUAUUGAUAUUUAUUUUAUUUUAUAAAGUUAUUAAAUGCAGUUAUUGUUGUAAUUAUAUAUUAAGAAAAACAAGAGUAGGUCAGAUUAAUAUACAUGAAAGCCCUAGAGCACACUAUAGUUUUCUACCCAAAUAUUUGAACAGUUUAAGCUUAUUUAGGUUGUAUUCAGACUGGAAAAGUCUGUUGGUCUGACAGUCUGCUUAAUUCGGUUUGAACGAGUCCUGAACCUUGCCUUUGGUCUGCAUCUAAAUAGAAGCAUGUGACCAAAGAUCUCCUCAGUCAUUGGCCAGGAAUUACAAGGGCGGGGCAAAGUAACAAUCAAAAGAAAUCCUGCUUUGCUGUCCUUGUCGGAAUAGUCCACUUAUUCAAACUUUAUAUUUUGCUGACCAAAUUUGAACAUCUAUCAACGUCAGGUACAACACUUUUUACUUGCUAAUUUGGUACGUGGAGGCAUGCUACAAGGUGAUUACUGAGGAGAUGCUUAGAAGGUGCGCUGAUAAGUGUUUAUGACAUAUAGAUUGUCAGGAAACAGUUUGAGAAGCAAUGUGUAUCAUGUUAAAAGUAUUUCUAAUGGUGUUGCAUUUAUCUGACCACAUUUCAAUGAGUUGCUGUUUCUCCGUGUCUAUCCAUGGUCAACACAUUCUCUCUCCCAGCUCGUCAUAUCUGGAUGUAUGGUUUGGGCCUCCUCCGUGUCACUUUUUGAUGUUUUGGGUGUCUCCAAUUCUUUGUUUUUUUGACUUGCUAGCUAUUCCCAUUAAAUCACCGGCCCCCAACCCUCAAAACGCGGUAACGGACGCAAAACCAGUACUGGGUUAGGGGACCUGUACCAGGACCAGUCUGCGUCCUGAAGGUAGGGGACCUCUGAUAAGUGUCUGUGGCCU